AUGCUUAAUAUUCAUUUACGUUCGACAGGAGAACGAUUUACAUUACAAACAAUUCAUUUUGAUACAAAAGUUCGUGAACUAAAAACAAUUCUUGAAAUUAUAUGUGGUAUACCUGCACAUCUUCAAUUAUUGUCCUAUUUGGACGAAGGUACAUUGGUCGAUUCACAAAAACUCAAAUAUUAUGAUCCUGUUCCUAAUUGUACAUUUGAACUUGAUGUCUGGUUUAUCUAUGAACCAAUUGUACAGGCUGUUGUAGCUAAUAAUGAAGCUAAGGUAAUUGUUUUUACAAGUGAUGUUUUAAGGCCUUCUUUCUUAAAAGUCGAUCUUGGUUUAAGGACACUCAAAUCACAUAAAAUCUGUAUGAUAUGCUGGAAGUGUAGUAGAGAGGCUAUAAUAAAAUUUUCAUUCCUAUAACAUGAUUUUUUCCGGAAAUAUUCAAUUAACAACGAUCAAAAAUAACUCAUUUGGCAACCCAAAAUUCUCUGCGAGCCUUUAUAUUGUAGACUUACUUAGGGCAUACCAAAAGUAGUGGCGGAGAUUCGAUAAUUUCUUAUAAAAAGCUUUAAGAAACUUUCUUUCUAUGUAGUCUAAUAGAGAAAAGAAUGCUCUAUUUUUCUAUGCUAUUUAAUCAUACUUCAACUAAUAUCAUAAUAGUAAAAUUUCUAUAAGAUCUGUUUUGUUCGCACGCACAUAUGAUAAGUAAAUAGAUUUUGUCGAAAUUUUAUUAUUAUGAUAUUAGCUGAAGUAUGAUCAAAUAGCAUUGAAAAAUGGAGCAUCCUUUUCUCUAUCAGACUAUCUAGAAACAAAGUUUUUUAAAGCUUUUUAUAAGGAAUUACCGAACCUCCGCCACUACUUUUGGUAUGCCCUAAGUAGUUUUUAUUUUAUUUGAGAGACUAUGUCAGGAUGCAGGUUAUAACAGAACGUUUUCUGUUUAAUUUCUAUUUUUUAAGAAAAGAACAGAGAUACAAAAUUCACUGUGUGGAAAAACACUCGGAAAAUGGCCCUCUAUUCAUAAAAUCACUCUUUUGUGUAAUAAUAGCAAAGCUUAAUUAAAAAAACCGAGCUCUGUCAUGCUCUGCACUCUGGCAUAGGGGUGUGAAGUUAUUGUUAUUUUGAAAAUAACUCUGACUGGUAUUUUAUGACUUGUGAAUGUAAUGAAAUAUAUUAUAUACAAACAGAAAGAGGACAAAAUUCUAAGCAGUAGGAGACAGUUAAAUAUGAACUAUGUAAAGUUUUGGAGAAAUGCCAGAGAGAGUUAUUUUGAAAAUAACAAUAACUUCUCACCCAUGCUCUGGCAU